AUGGGUGACGCGGCUAACGGUGUCUCUGCGGAGGCAGAGAGAUUUGCCAUUGGUAUCUCCUUUGGCAACACAUCCAGCUCCAUUGCUCGUAUUUCGCCUGAGGGCAAGGCUGAGGUGAUUGCCAACGAGGAAGGAGAUCGUCAAAUUCCUAGCAUUCUCUCUUACAUUGAGGGAGAGGAAUACCACGGCACACAGGCCAAGGCACAGCUCCUUCGCAACCCCAACAACACUAUCGCAUACUUUCGGGACUACCUGGGCAAGGACUUCAAGUCGAUUGACCCGACUCCAUGCCACCAGUCGGCCCACCCGCAGCAGAGCGACUCGACCGUGGCUUUCUCGGUCCGCGACUCUCCCAGCUCCGAGACCCCCAACACCGUCACCGUCCAAGAGGUCACCACCCGCCAUCUCCGUCGUUUGAAACAGUCCGCUACCGAUUUCCUGGGUAAGGACGUCAACGCGGCCGUCAUCACCGUUCCCACCAACUUCUCCGAUGCCCAGCGUGAGGCCCUGGUUGCUGCGGCCAAGGCUGCCGGCAUCGAGGUGCUGCAGCUGAUCCAUGAGCCCGUUGCGGCUGUCAUGGCCUACGAUGCUCGUCCCGAAGCUACCGUGACUGACAAGCUGGUUGUGGUGGCCGACCUGGGCGGCACCCGGUCCGAUGUGGCCGUCGUGGCCUGCCGCGGUGGCAUGUACACCAUCCUGGCCACUGCCCACGACUACGAGCUGGGCGGUGCAUCCCUGGACCAGAUCAUCAUCGAUCACUUCGCCAAGGAGUUCAUCAAGAAGCACAAGACCGACCCGCGCGAGAACGCGCGCGGCCUGGCCAAGCUGAAGUCGUUCGGCGAGGGUACUCGCAAGACUCUCAGCCAGACCACCAACGCCCAACUGAGCAUUGAGAGCUUAGCGGACGGUAUUGAUUAUCACUCCACUGUCAAUCGUACUCGGUUCGAGCUGCUAUCGAACAAGGUCUUUGCUCAGUUCACCGGUUUGAUCGAGCAGGUGGUCAAGAAGGCCGAGCUUGAUGUCCUGGAUAUCGAUGAGGUUAUUUUCUCCGGUGGUGCCUCGCACACGCCCAAGAUUGCCCAGUUGACGCGCAACAUCUUCCCCGAGAAGACCAACAUCCUGGCCCCCUCGACCUCGACCACGGCCAUCAACCCGUCCGAGCUGUCCGCCCGUGGUGCCGCCUUCCAGGCGUCCCUGGUCCAGGAGUUCGACAGCGAGGACAUCGAACAGUCCAUCCACCCGAUGGUCACCGUGACACCGCACCUGAGCAAGGCGAUCGGCGUAGAGAUCACCUCGGCGACCAGCAAGACGGCCUUCCAGCCCCUCCUGGACGUGGAGACCGCCCUUCCCGCCCGCCGCAUUGCGCAGUACUUUGCCCCCAAGGAGGGCGGCGAUGUGCUCGUGCGCGUGUGCGAGGGCGCCCGCUCGAUCAAGGUCACCAAGCCCGAGCCCAAGGUUAAGGCUGAGAAGCCCGCUGAAGAUGACGAGGAUGACUCCGACUUUGACGACUCCGAAGAGGAGGAGGAUGAUCUCCGCGAGGUUGUCUGGAAGGCGGAGAAGCCCGUCGCCGAGAUGGCCGUCAAGGGCGUUAAGGCUGGCGGCAAGAUCGAGGUUAUGGUCCACGUGAACCCGGAUCUGGGUCUGCAAAUCGCGGUGCGUGAGGUCGGUGGCCAGAAUGCCGUGCGCGGUGCUAUCAAUGGCUCUGCUUAG